CAGUUAGCCUGGUCAAUGCUAAUUGUAUACCCAUGUUCUGUUGCAGAGUUCCGUAAAUCAUCAGCGGGAAUUCUGGUGGCAACUGACGUUGCUGCCCGAGGUCUAGAUGUUGACGAUGUGAAGUACGUUAUCAACUAUGACUACCCCAACUCGUCAGAGGACUAUAUCCACCGUAUCGGACGCACGGGGCGGUCCGACCAGACAGGCACGGCGUACACAUUCUUCACACCGAACAACUCCCGCCAAGCCAAGGACCUUGUCAACGUCCUGCAGGAGGCGAGACAGGAGGUGAACCCAGAGCUCAGCAAGAUGGCGAUGCGAGGCGGAGGUGGCGGAGGCAACUGGAGAGGCAACAACAGUUGGGGCUACCAGCGCAACAGAAACUUUGGAGGCUCUAACUCACACAAGAAGUUCAAUCAUUACUAAGAGUUGGACCUGAGGACACCAAAGUCUCUUCGCUCUCCAUCUCUCCUAUUGUGAUAAUAACUUAAAUUAAUUAUUUGUGUCUUUGAACUGUGUUACAAACCAUUUACAUCAAUUUAAUUAUUAUUGUGAGAGGCCAGUCAAACUGGACUAGGGUAUUCGUAAUUUGAGCACUAAUUGUUUUCGAGUUCCUUUUUAUUCAUAUCAUUAAUUUGUGGUAUGAAGUACAAUAUGGGGUCCUCAGUUUGCUGUAAUUGUGAAAGAAAUCACAUUUUGACACUAGUAAUCGUACUAGUAAUAUUUUGUUCAGUUAUGAUUAUUUAUUUGCUUCAGUUUUAUUAUGUUAUUUAGUACUUAACAUAAGAGUUAAAACAAAACUGUGUAUCUGACCCCUUUUGUUUUGAGCAGUGGUAAAAAUAUUUUUCACCUAAAAAAGUAGUGUUCAGACAGAAGUAAAUUUGUACUGCCUACUGUUUUUGUAAUUGACUACGGUUUUAGUAUUUUCUAGUAUUAAAGGUGUCAAAUUGUAAUGUUGUCACGAAUGACCCAUACUUAAUAAAGAUCUAAACUUAAUUUUCUAUUUGAA